AUGAAGUGGUUUAAAGAAUAUGUCUUGACUAUGACUGGUGAAAAAAUAGAAGGAAUACUUUAAAUUGCAUUAAAAUCAGAAAUGAUUGUUGUUGGAAUAAAAACUUACAAUAAUUAUCAAAUAUUUGCGAGGAUUAGUAAGAUGGGUGAAAUGAUUAGAGCUAUCUAUUAUUAGCAAGUAUUUUAAGACUAUAUUAUGUAAGGGAUUGCCAUUGGAAAUGAUAAUUCAGUUUAUUUGAAAUUAUUGGAUGCUUAAAUUCUAUAACCAUACAUAGCCAACAAAUAUUCCUGUUAUGCAAUCUAUUGUCUUUGA